CGGCCGGCUCCCUCCGGCCAAUGCUCACAACCCUCUCCUCUGCUGCUUGUUUUGCGCUUGCGCUCCCGCUCGCCGUAGCCCGCGCUGUCAGCGACACUCUGCUCUCCCUCCUGAAUUCUCCCACUCAGCCGAGCGCCACCUUUGCGCUGCCCACCCCGCUCGGCCCGACGUCUAAGCUCGCAGCAGAGCACGCGGCCGAGCUCGCCUGGCUGCGAGAUCGCCUCGGAGCCGACGGCGCCGCGGCCCGCGAUAGCUGGCUGCUGCGCAUGCUGUCGAGCUGCGAUUGGGACCUGCAGACGGCGCUCCGCCGGUGCGAGGCUUCGCUGGCGCUGCGGAGGGAGGUCGGUUACGACGCGAUUGCUGCCUUCGUGCGCGCGCACCCGGCGCCGGAGGAGUGGCCGCACGGCGAGGCGAUCAUGCGGCUGCUCCCACGAUACAUUGCAAGGACGGGCGCCGGAGUGGUCGUCGUGGCGAUCGAGGACUGCGACUACGAGCUGGCGCUCAAGUGCCUGAGUCCGGAGGCGGUGCGCCAGUUCUGGCUGCACAAGUUGGUGUACCUGCUCGAGACGCUCGCGGACCGAGACGAGGCGGCUGGCAACAUCGACGGAGCAAUCUACAUGAUCGUCGACUCCACCUUCACCACCUCGCGGCAGGGGAUGCCGCUGCAGUGGGUAGCGCGGAUGAUGCCCGGCAUGCGGGACGCCGCGACGCUAGCGGGCUACCAGGCACGCGCACGUGGGCGGCAUCUACUUUUGCGGCUCCAUGCCUCGCCGAGCAAAGCUCCUCUUUGCUCUUGGCGAGCGCUCCACCUCGCGCGCCCGCUGAAUAAGUGCAAGCUCGUCGCUCGCGCCUACUUCCGCCUCCACCCCGCCCUCCUGCACGCGGGCAAGGGCCUUGGCUACCUCAUCCAGCCGCAGACCGACCCGGACCAGGCGGCGGCACUCAGCCGCAUCUUCGAGCCCAAGCCGCUCCCCGUCUCGCUGGGCGGCUUCUCGUGAGCCCGUGCUCCCUGAACCCCUCCUUCAAUGAAUGGAGACCGUCGCAGCACGGCAGUUUUGUGCGCUUGGUUAUCUCCGACUCUGUCUAUUGGGUAUUGCGACCAGGGGCGGUGCGUGUAAGGCACAUGAAGAUGAGGAGAUGACGUCAUGGGACGAGAGAGAAGGUUAAUGUGCUGUUGUUUUCACUCAGUCUUUUACCACUGUCUAUUCAUGGAUAUUCGGAAACGUCUC